AUGACGGCUGUACAAAUAACGGAGGUCAUAGAGGUGAGAGCAUUGGCUGCCAAGUGUGACCCGAUAACGUGCACGCAGAACUUGAGUGCAAAAUCCCCAGCGCCUGCCCGAGGCGGACGCAUGCGCUCUUACGCUGGCCGCGGGAGGCGGAGCGUGGAGAUUGACAGGGCACUCCGCCUGUCGGAGCCUAGUCCCGCCUCCCUCCCGCAUCCGGCGCGGAGGCCAUGGUACCUUCUGUGCGAGCUGGUGUCCGAGGACGCGCGCUGCCGCCUGAGCCUGGACGACCGCGUGCUGAGCGGGCUCGUCCGCGACACGAUCGCCCGGGUGCACGGGGCCUUCGGCGCCGCCGCCUGCUCCGUGGGCUUCGCAGUUCGAUACCUCAAUGCCUACACUGGAGUAGUGCUUCUUCGAUGCCGAAAGGAUUUCUACCAGCUCGUGUGGUCAGCUCUUCCUUUCAUCACGUAUUUGGAGAACAAAGGACAUCGUUAUCCAUGCUUCUUCAACACGUUACACGUGGGAGGUACCAUCAGAACCUGUCAGAAGUUCCUGAUUCGGUACAACAGGAGACAGCUGUUGGUCUUGUUGCAGAAUUGCACUGAUGAAGGGGAACGGGAAGCCAUCAAGAAGUCUGUCUCAAGAAGCUGUCUGCUGGACAGAGAGUCGGUUGAAGAGCUUUCAGACAGUGCUGAGGAGGAGAAUAUGGAAGCAAUGGAGUGACUGUUUCCAGGCCCACGAGUGGAAGGGGACAUCGCAGGAGGUGACAGCAGCACCCCACAGUUCUCCAGUGGAGUGACUGACAACCAGAGCACAGGUGACCAGCUUGAAGUGGAGGGCUGGCUGCCUUACCUUCCAUCCAUGGGGAAGGCCCUGUGCAGACCUUCUAUAUGUAACUGCUUAGCUCAUGGGUGGAAUAAACAUUCUUGGCUUCCAAGGCAACAUUCCUGAACCAUAAAAAGCGCUCAAACAUUGACAGUUGGCCAGGUCUCUGUCCUCUACAGCACCUGCCUUGAAUGAGCUCCCUGUGUGGUACUAAUGAUUUUUAAAUAUUCCUAGACCCUUAGGUGUAAGAACUCAUUCAAAUCUUGGCUUGGUGGCACACCUCUUUAAUCCCAACACCAGGGAGGCAGUCUGCUCUAACAGAGUUCCAGAACAGCCAGGAUUCCACAGAGAAACUGUUGGGGGUGAGGUGGGCUCAAGUAAAGCAGAAACAUUGGUGAAUAAUCACCAGCUACACUUAGGGUGAGUUCAGUACUGUCCAAGGGCUGAGAAUAGCAGGGUCCCCAAUGUACCAUGGCUCGGGUCAUGUUCAGCUGGUCCCAGUGAGGCAUGAAUGUAGUCUAGUCUUUGGUCCCCAGUUGGAAGGAUUGGGAGGUACAGCCUUGUUGAAGGAGACAUGUUAUUUUGUGUUUGUUGGUGGGAGGCUUUGCCAUUUCAAAAGCCAAUACCAUUCCCGUUCGCCCUCUCUGCCUCCUGCUUGUGGAUGUGUGUAACCUGCCAGCGGCGUCUCUAGCUCCAGGCCUGCCUGUCUACUGUCAAGCUGUACAUGAUGGCUGAAGAUUCACUCUUUAUGUCUCCUUGAAACCACUGGCACUUACACAAGCUGGACUCAGGAGAGAUGGCUCAGAGACUGAGCACUGGCUGAGGAUGUGGGUUCAGCUUCCAGCUCCCACAUGGAGGCUCCCAAGCAAAUGUAGAGCAACUCCAGUUGCAGGAUACACAGACAGACAGACAACCAUAGACCUUUCGGAAGCCUUUAAAAAACCUGUGAGGGGCCAGACCUCUCUUGGUAAGAAGAACAACCAGCAGGCACAACCUCCCCGUCACGUAUGAGUGCCUGGCUUAGCACAGGCACUUACUAGGAGAAACACCCUGCAGCAAAGCAGUGCUGUACCACUGGUUUGGGCUGCUUCAAAGAACGCAGAAGGGACUACUCAAGCUCACUCUGGGUUGAAAAAGUUAACAUCAGAAUCAAAAGGGCUAACCUACAAAUGAACUAAGAUUGUCAGGAAGGCGUCUCAUGUGAGUGUCAAUACUUUAUUUUGGUGUAAAGAGGGGAAGCUGGAAAAUACACUGUAUUUAAAAUUUUCUUGGUUCCCCCUCACUUUGUGGAAAGCCCCUCCCCCCGCCCCAAGCUAAUCAAUCUGUUCAAACUCAAAUACUUAAAAAUUACAGCAGCAAAACAAAAGCACAGAGAAGAAACCCGAUGGAGAAGGCGCCUGGGCACGCAGUGUCACUUGGUGUGGACGACCGAGGUGCUGAACAGCAGCUUCUGCUUCUGUCUCCUCCUCUUCUUCCCGCCUCUGUCUUCUGAGGGGAAACAGCAAGAGUGCGCUUAGCUUACCCUAUUAACCAUGACCCUGACGAGAGUGGGCACUGAGGGGUGAACAGGCUACAGAGAUGGCCCAGUGGUUGAGAGCACUUGUUCCUACAGGUUUGAUUCCCAGCACCCACGGGGUAGCUGCCAUCUGUAACUCCCUUGAGGAGAUCCCUUUUGUGCUCCGAAAGCAUCAAACAUACGCAGGUACACCUCACAUACACACACGCAGGCAAAACACUCAUAAGCAGAAUAAAAGAGUUCCUCAGAAUUCCACUUCUGGACCUUAAGAAUUAACCUGGGGUGGAAAGUAAGUCCUAUCAGACAGUUAGGACCUGUCACAACCCAAGCAGGAACAGCAGCACCCUUGGCUAAGCCUAAGCUCUGAGCUGACAGAGUUCCCUGCCCUUACCAGAGAGGGGGUCUGAAGUAGCUGGUGUGUCCAAUUUCAUGAAGGCUGCUUCGAUAGCUUGGCUGAAGGAAUUUUGGAAACUGGGCACAGGAACACGGUCAGAAUUAUCACUCUCCCCAUCACUGUCCGCAGGGGCAGGAGGAACCAGGCUAUUGUCAUCUAGAAAACGGGAGUGUAGGGAUUGUAGGGCUUUCAUUGACAAGCGUGUCCAGACCUGCCCUCUGCUGCCCGCGCUCACCUUUCUUUGGAGCAGUUCUGGACCACCCGUCUGCUUUUGCUUUGCCAACCCUCAGCAUCUGCCAAGUGGGUCAGAAGGAAGAAUGUCAAAGUCUGACCAAAUGUCACUCAUAGCCCUUCACAGGACUGUCAGCCUCUGUACAGUCUGUCAUGUCUGCACCCUGACUGAUGGCAGCAGUGCACCGAGGAUAUCACACUUUGGGAAGCUGUGAGGACACUGAAGACACUGGGAGAUGCUCAGCCAGGAGUGAGUUAGAACACCUGCUCUGAUGGCCCUCCCUGCCCUUCUUGAGGCACCUAAGUACAUCAACCAAUAACCACAGAAUUCGGGAGGCUGAGGCAGGAGGAUUGCCUACAAUUCAAAACCAGUCAGGACAAUAUGAGUUUUAGGAUAAUAUGGGGCAUAGAGAUCUUAUCUCAAAAAAUAAAAAUAAAAUGUAGAAUAAGCAUA